AGUUCAGCUCAUGGAGCGGCUCCGCGCUGGCUGCAGUUUGGCAGAGUUGGAAAUGUGAAAGCAAGAAGCAGGCUCGGGGCUCCCCCUCCUCUCUCUCUCUCCUCUCUCUCUCUCUCUUUUUUCCCCUCCUCUCUCUCCCUCUCUCUCUCUCCCCCUCUCUCUCUCCCUCUCUCCCCGCACACGCACACCUCCAAACCGCAGCCCCCCGCAGCAGUCAUGUAUUCUCCGCUCUGUCUCACCCAGGAUGAAUUUCAUCCCUUCAUCGAAGCACUUCUGCCUCAUGUCCGAGCGUUUGCGUACACGUGGUUCAACCUGCAAGCCCGAAAAAGAAAAUACUUCAAAAAACACGAAAAACGCAUGUCAAAAGAGGAAGAGAGAGCCGUGAAGGACGAACUGCUAAGUGAAAAACCCGAGGUAAAGCAAAAAUGGGCAUCCAGACUUCUGGCAAAGCUCCGGAAAGAUAUCAGGCCUGAAUUUCGGGAGGAUUUUGUUCUCACAGUCACAGGAAAAAAGCCUCCGUGUUGCGUUCUUUCCAAUCCAGACCAGAAGGGCAAGAUGAGAAGAAUUGACUGCCUUCGCCAGGCAGAUAAGGUCUGGAGGUUGGACCUUGUUAUGGUGAUUUUAUUUAAAGGUAUUCCGCUCGAAAGUACUGAUGGCGAGCGCCUUGUAAAGUCCCCACAGUGCUCUAACCCCGGGCUGUGCGUACAGCCCCACCAUAUAGGAGUUUCUGUUAAGGAACUCGAUUUAUAUUUGGCAUACUUUGUGCACGCAGCAGAUUCAAGUCAAUCUGAAAGUCCCAGCCAGCCAAGUGAAGCUGAUAUUAAGGACCAGCCAGAAAAUGGACAUUUGGGCUUCCAGGACAGUUUUGUCACAUCAGGUGUUUUCAGUGUGACUGAGCUAGUAAGAGUCUCACAAACACCGAUAGCUGCAGGAACAGGCCCUAAUUUCUCCCUCUCAGAUUUGGAAAGUUCUUCAUACUACAGCAUGAGCCCAGGAGCAAUGAGGAGGUCCUUACCUAGCACAUCCUCUACCAGCUCCACAAAACGUCUCAAGUCUGUGGAGGAUGAGAUGGACAGUCCUGGUGAGGAGCCGUUUUAUACAAGCCAAGGGCGCUCUCCAGGAAGUGGCAGCCAGUCAAGUGGAUGGCAUGAAGUGGAGCCAGGAAUGCCAUCGCCAACUACAUUAAAGAAGUCAGAGAAGUCUGGUUUCAGCAGUCCCUCGCCUUCGCAGACCUCCUCCCUUGGAACGGCUUUCACACAGCACCAUCGACCUGUCAUUACAGGACCCAGAGCAAGUCCACAUGCAACACCAUCGACUCUUCAUUUUCCAACAUCACCCAUUAUUCAACAGCCUGGGCCAUACUUCUCACACCCAGCAAUCCGCUAUCAUCCUCAGGAGACUCUGAAAGAGUUUGUCCAACUUGUCUGCCCCGACGCUGGUCAGCAGGCUGGACAGGUGGGGUUCCUAAAUCCCAAUGGUAGCAGCCAAGGCAAGGUGCACAAUCCAUUCCUUCCUACCCCAAUGUUGCCACCACCACCUCCGCCACCAAUGGCUAGGCCUGUGCCUCUGCCAGUGCCAGACACAAAACCUCCAACUACAUCAACAGAAGGAGGGGCCACCUCUCCCACUUCUCCAACCUACUCGACACCCAGCACCUCCCCCGCAAACCGAUUCGUCAGUGUUGGACCACGGGAUCCAAGCUUUGUAAAUAUCCCUCAACAGACUCAGUCCUGGUACCUGGGAUAAAAGUCUCCGCUUCCCACCACCCACCGGACAGACCACCAGACCCCUUCCCACCUCUGUAACACGGAAGCAGCAGCAACGCAGCGCAGCGACUUCACAUCGGCGGAAGGGGAGGCGAGCAGACACCGACAGCAAACUAGUACAUGGAAAUGGCAAACGUUAUGGUUGAAUGGCAAAGGCCGUAACUUUUUCGAGAUACUCUUUUUUUUUUAAUUAUUAUUAUUGUUUUUUGGUUUUUUUAGACAAACUUAGGACUGUUGUAAUUUCUCAUAUGGUGCUGGAAAUGGUUGGGCUUCAUAACUUUUGAAGUGUUUCAUUGGUAGUGUAAGCGUUAGGUGACACUGAGUAGAAACUAGCCUCUGCUGCUGCUUACCAACUCGCUGUUGUAACACACUUUCCAUAUGGAGCCUAACUGUUUUACAGUAUCCUCAUUGAUUUUUUUUCCCAUACAGGUGUGAGACUUCUUGAGAAAUCAUGAAACACACUUAAAACUAUAACUUUUGUAGUAGCUGAAUUCUGCAAUAUAUAACUUACCGGGACAGACAUAGAGCAUGUUUUUCUGUAACAUAUCGAGGGCAAGC